GGGAGCCCGAGCCCGAGCGCGGCUGCGGCCCCCGGAGCCGCCGGAGUUAAAGCGCCCGGGGCCGCCCUCCCGGCUCGGCGGCCGCCUCUCCCCCCUGGUUCCAUCUGGAUUCAAUAAGGGCUGCGCGCAUUCCUGAGCGCUGAGCCGCUUCCUCGCGGCCGCACACUCCGGCGGCCAUGGGGCCCUGGCGCUGCCUGCUCCUCCUGCCGCUCCUCGCCGCGGCCCAGCAGCAGCAGUUCAUGGAGUACGUGGAGCGGCGCCUGGCGCUGCUGGAGGAGAGGAUCGCGCAGUGGCACGAUCAGAGCAGCCGCUACUCCACGGAGCUGCGGGACUUCAAGAACCAGGUGCUGGGCAUGCUGGAGACGGCCGAGAAGGAGCGCGAGGCGCUGCGGGCCGAGGCGGAGGGGGCGGCGGCGCGAGUGGACCGCCUGGAGCGCGAGGUGGAUUACCUGGAAACGCAGAACCCCGCGCCGCCCUGCGUGGAGGUGGACGAGGUGCUGAUGGAGAAGCAGGCGGCCACGGCCAAGCAGAGGAAGAACGAGAAGUACACCAAGCUGACGGACUGCGGUGACACCAUCGCGAGCGUCAGAGCCAUGAAGAUCCUGAAGCGCUUCGGCAGCGCCGCGGGGCUCUGGACCAAGGACGCUGCGGGGAGCUCUGAGAAGAUCUACGUCUUCGACGGCACCGCCAACGACACGGUGUACGUCUUCCCCCGCAUGCGGGAGUUCACGCUCUUCUCGGCCACGCGCCGCGCCGCCCGCAUCAAGCUGCCCUACCCCUGGGUGGGCACCGGGCACCUGGUCUACGGUGGGUACCUCUACUACAUCCGCCAGCAGGGCCCCUUCCAGGUGAUCAAGUUCGACCUGGCCAACAAGACGGUGGUGGACAGCUCGGUGUUCCCGGCCGAGGAGCAGAUCCCCGUCUUCGGGCUCUCCCCCUUCACCUACAUCGAGCUGGCGGCAGAUGAGGAGGGGCUCUGGGCCAUCUACGCCACCAAGGAGAACGAGAAGAACAUCUGCCUGGCCAAGCUGGACCCCGACUCGCUGGACAUCGAGCAGAUGUGGGACACGCCGUGCCCGCGGGAGAACGCUGAGGGAGCCUUCGUGGUGUGCGGGGCCCUGCACGUGGCCUACAACACCCGCCUGCCCAGCCGCUCCCGCGUGCAAUGCGUCUUCGACGUCAGUGGGACGCUGCCCCCCGAGGAGGCCUCCCUCGUGUACUUCCCCAAGCGCUACGGCUCCCAUUCCAGCAUGAAGUACAGCCCCCGCGAGAGGCAGGUCUACGCCUGGGACGACGGCUACCAGAUCAUCUACCGCAUGGAGAUGAAGAAGAAGCUGGAGGUCUGAGGGGCCCCUGCCUGGGGUCCCCGCAAAAGCCUGGACUGAUGGAAUGAGGUUUUCUACUCUGUGAUGCAAUGAAUAAAUGCUAUGCAGCACGCUGCAGCCGCCUGCUUGGGGGGAGUGAGGGGCACUGGGGGCUGGAGCAGUGAGCCCCAUGCUGCCCUGAGCCGCCGCCCCAAAACGCCUUUCCUGCAGGGUGCCUGGAGCUAAAUCAACUCUGGAGACAAGUGCUUUUGUGAAACUUGGAGCUGCUCUGGCCAUCGAGGAUCACUCUUGCUGUGGGGCUGCAGCUGGAGGUGGGCCUGGCCCUGAGGUCCCCCUGCAGCCUGCGGGAUGCUGCGCUGCCACUCAGAGCUGACCCAUAGCUACCCUGAGCUCUUCUGUAUUGUAAUUAAAUAUCUUCUGGUUCCUUAAGAAAAAUGUUUAAAUACACGCUUUGAAGGACUGUAAUUGGAUGGUGCAGAAAGUUCAAUGCAGUGCAAGUCAAGCGGAGAAAUUAUCCAAGUGUGAAGAGCUAUGUGCGCUGUCAAGUUAAUUUAUAGCCCUUUUCACAAUCAAUAACUACAGUAACAGAUGCAAUUUUCAGAAGUUGUACAGUUGUAAAUAAUGACGGUGGGGGUGGUGCUGAUGGGAUGAUGGUUGGACUGGGUGAUCCUGGAGGUCUUCUCCAACCUAAAUGAUUCUGUGGUUCUAUCCUAGUGAUUUCUCUAGCUUGAAUUAAAGCUGAUGGAGCAGCAAUGGUUCUA